AUGGCGGCUGAAGGCAAGUGCUCGGAGAGCGAUCCUGACGAGGCUGGACCGGCUGUACAGACUCCGGCGUGCCCAGAUCCACCAAAGGAAGUGAUCAAGCACCCGCUUCAGAAUCGCUGGAGCCUGUGGUUCUACAAGAACGACAAAAAUCGUAGCUGGGAAGAGAACCUUCUAGAAAUCACCUCGUUCGACACGGUGGAGGACUUCUGGACCCUCUACAACAACAUAGAGCUCGCAAGUAAGCUUCCCAUUGGAUGCGACUAUUCCCUGUUCAAGUACGGCAUCAAGCCCAUGUGGGAAGACCACCGCAACAGGCAAGGAGGUCGUUGGCUCUUCAACUUGAGCAAAAGCCAGAGGACAACGGACUUGGAUUAUUAUUGGCUCGAGAUUUUGCUGUGCCUGAUCGGAGAGGGCUUCGGCGAGUACAGCGACGACGUGAAUGGUGCUGUGGUCCAGAUUCGCCCCAAGCUUGACAAGAUAGCCGUCUGGACUGCUGAUGCUCGCCGAUCUGAUGGGAACAUCAAGAUUGGGAAGACGUUGAAGGAGAGGUUGAACAUGCACCCCCGAAUCAUUAUCCCAUACCAGGCCCAUGCUGAUACUCAGUCAAAACACUGCUCCACAGCAAAGGCUAGAUAUGAAAUGUAAGUGUGGUAGCAAAAC